CAGCGUUCAAAUAUUGCACAGUGAUUGAGAGUUUCGUCGAUUAUUCUAAAACAUAAAUCAGUCCCAUUUAGAAACUUAAUAAGCCGUUAUAUGAUGGCCCAUUUAGAAAGAGAUCCCGAUACACAAGGGGAGAGAGUGCAUUCAGAGUGAAGUCGUCAGCUUGGUAUUUUUAAAGAUGGAUCAAAUCGCAGCACUACUAAUGUGUAUCAAAAUACUAUCUCUUGCUGCGGGUUGUUCAGGUUCUACGAACUCCUCAUUUGAACAUCUCAUCAGAGCGGACCUCCUCGACAAUUACGACAUCAAGGUCCGCCCAGUGCUGAGAGGCAAAAAGGAAGUUAAGGUCCAGUUUGCUUUAAGAAUCAGCCGACUUGUCAAAGUGGAUAAUCAAGAACAACUACUAAUUCUGGACACUUGGGUUAUACAGAGAUGGGACAACGAAUUCUUAACUUGGAAUAGCAGUGAUUAUGGAGACGUAGAUCGUGUACGUUCAUUUUGCUCCUAGUGAAAUCUGGGUUCCGGAUAUAGCCCUG